AUGAGCAAUAUAGUACAAGAUGCUUCUCUUCACAAGGAGAACCUGGUUGCCAGGCAGCUCUACCAGAAGGCAUUGGAGCUUGGUCAGCAACUCAACAUCAUCCUCUCUAGAGACAAUGCCAACCAAGAAAUUUUCAAACCCCAAAGCCUCACACUAAGGAAUCAGGUUGAACAGCUUUGCAUUAAGCUAAUGUUUCUGAACCCAGUACAGUAUGGGGAGAAGGCAGAAGAACUCCUAUGGAUGAAUGUGUACUAUAAGGUCAUCCUGUUAAGGUUUAAGGAUGGAACACAUCAUGUUAACAUCUCAGAAGCUGACUUUGAAAGACACUUGGAUAAUGGAGUCAUGUUUUACCAAAAUCUUUUCUCCUUCCUUCAAGAACAUUAUGAACUAAGACUUACAAACAAUAGGACCCAUAGAAAUAUCAUAGACUGCAGGAGGGUAGUGCCUGCCUCAAAGAAGGAGGUGGAUUGGGCUCGAAUGGCCUGCUACCACUGUCUGCUGAAUUUGGGAGACUUGUUUCUUUCUCAGAGUCAUAUUAGAUCCGUGAACCUUAAGAACCUGGCAGUACACUAUUAUUUCCAGGCUUUGUCAGUGGCCCCACAUAUGGGGAUGCCUUACAGUCGGCUAGCAAAGCUAGUUGGUGAUAACAAUUACGAUUUAGAUGCAGCAUUCUUUUACCAGUGUAGCAUCCACUCAGAAGUGCCUGCUAGGGACGCAUCCUUUCACCUCAGAAGGUUAUAUGCUAAGGCUGUGGAAAUGUACAACCACAUGAAGAAGUGCCAGCUGGAGAUGCCAUCUUCAGGACAGAAGUGUGAACCCAAUAAAAGACUAUUAGUGCAUUUCUUGUACCUUCAGAACUUCCUUCAGCCUGACAGCUGUAUGGACCCCAGGCUGGCUUUACUGACUCAGUCUAUACUGGAGGACUUCCAUCUCUGCCUCUCCAGCAAGGUCAAAGGGGAGCAUAAAAAUGGCUUCUUUCUACCAGACCAUGUCAUCUUUCACAUGGUCACUUUAUGCAUCAUGAGUGUGUAUAGCUUGAAGAAGGCUGUUGGGGUCUCUCAGAGCAGGGCUGCCAUCAUCUUUAUCUUAGUGCUAUUCUCUCAUCUUGUCCAUCAUGUGACUAUAAGAAUCCAGUCACUACUGGAUGGAGCAGGUGACUCAGAGAUUAAGAAGAGUAAUGGUAUCCGAUGGAAACACUCAGACCUUCCUGCCCCUAAUUUUGAUUUGCACCAUAGCAAACCUUUGGAUAUUCCUCAGUCUUCCCAUCCCUCUGAAAAACAUCACCAUUAUAUUUCAUUAGCAUCGGAGAGUGACAGUGACCAAAGUCAGGAUUAUCAUUCAAAUGGUGACUGGGCCUCUGACAAUCCAUUAGAUAAGAAUGAUUACUCAGAAGAGACAAUAUUCAGUUUUAGUUUAGACUUGAAUGGCAAAAAAGGGUCUCUCCCUGUGGAGGAUAAAGAAGUGAAUUGCCCACUAAUUCCAGAUAAGCAGUUGGAGUUAAGCGAGAGUACAAAGUCUCAGUCUCCCAUAAUGGGAGGUUUAGGGGCCUUUAGUUCUCCCCCUGUGGAGGUGGUAGAUACUUCUAAAGCAGUCUCCACCAAAGUGCCCACUUUGGGUACUCAUAAGUUCCAAACCCAACAGAGUACUCUCAAGAAGCCCAACUCAGAAUUUAGAGCUGUCAUUGGUAAGAAAUAUCCAGAGUCGGACAAAUUUAGCAAUACAACAAAAAGAAGGCUUAGAAGGCAGGUCAAUCUUGUACGUAAGCUCAGGAAAAAGCUGUCCAUCUUUGCUACUCAGGAAUUGCUCUACACCAUCAAAGUUUUGCUGAACUGGCUUUGGAUUGAUUCAGAUCUCACUCUGGAAUGCACACAUAGCUCGCCAAGGCUGUGGAGCCACCUGUCUGCAUUGUUGAACUUACUGCCUACCAUACAAGAAUUACAAGGAGCCCACCUUGGCCUGUCCAGUCACUUCUGGGACCUGGUAUCAAUUAGUGAGGAAUCGGAUCUCUCCAUCUCCCUGCUGCUUCCUGAGGACUUACAUAUGUGCAACCUCUUGCCAAUGAAGGCAGCCCACAAAUGGAUUUGCUUUAUACAGGUCCCACCUCUCCUCAACCCUAUAGAGAAGGGCAUUUUGUACACUUGCUUCCUUCGCAGCUUUGGUCACUUUGCUGCCCAGCUGCCCCAUAGCCUCCUGAGAUUUUACCCCAGUCAGGGUCGCUACAAAAGCAUAGCUUCAGUUAAGUGCUACCUGAAGAGCCAGGACCAGGCUCCACCUAGCAGCUCUAUGAAGCAUGUGUCUCAGCAACUGCUCCAUCAAGAAUUGUCCAGUGUGCAUGCUCAGAGGCUGCUGCCUCUUUAUCUGAUUCCUGACACCCAGGCGCUCUGCCAGUACUUGCCAGUCAUCCGAGAGUUUAUUAUGGAUGACAGCUUUAUUGUGAUCAUCUCCAACACUGUUAUUGAUGAACUAAUUGUCCUGAAACACAAAGAACCUGGAGCGUGGGCUACCAUCAAUUUCUUAAAGGACAAGUUGAAGGAAAAAAGAUACAGAGACCCAUGUUUCCAAAGAAAUGCUGGGAAGAAGGAUGUAAGAUCCAGCAUGAACAGGGAAAACCCUGAUGCAAGGGACCUGCAUCAGGUCUUAGAGGAAUGUAAAGGCCUAGUGAGGGGCCCCAGGGCUGAGGUUGAUGACCGUAGCCAAAGGAUGAUCAUCCUUACAGGCCUUAGUUUCAAUAAUCCCAGGACUUUUUCUCAUCCCCUGCUAUCAGAUUUUCAGACUUCUGCCAGUAUCUCAGUAGAAAUCAAGCACACUCUACGGUUCUAUAGGGAAUGGAAGACGGUCAGAUAA